CUUGGGGCUUCAACUAUUUCCAACGAUCAAGCCACCCCGCCCCAACACAAUAUAUUACAGCAAACAUUACAAUACUGUAUGCAGAACAUAGUGACCGUAAACGCAUGCCCUUGGAGGUCUCAACGCAAGAAAUUUGUAACGGCGCAAGUGGUCACUCGCCCAAAGCACCACUCGAGGAUCAACGGACAGGAGUCCCUCUGCAGCAACGGGAACACCAACAGCCAUCUCAAUCGCCCAAGGAAUCCAUCGACAGAUCCAACUCGCAGAACCAGACGAUCCACCACAAUCGGCUCACGGACUUGGAGGCCAGUCCGCAGGCUUGGCAGAUUUUCUGGCAGGACCUGCGCAUCAAUGCAUCGAUAGACCCGCAGAGCCAGGAGGAUCCUGUAGGACACGGAAAAUGUAAUUUUAUUUUGGUGUAAAAGAACUAGAACAUUUUAUG